AUGUCCUCGACUCCUAGUUUUCGCCGCGAUCACGAAUGGCCAGUUGUGGUUUAUCGCAAACUUUCUGUAGGGUGGGAGAAAUUGAUCCGGAAGAAGGCACAGCACUCGACAUCGCCAUCACGAGCCCACUCUGCUGUUGUCAAGCUUUCACCUCGAACGGGAUGCCUUGUGGUGCGGCAGCUCCGUUUACGCAUCAAUUUAGCACCAUCACAGGAAGACAAGCAAAAUAAAAAUAGGGGAUUGAUUGUUCGCCGACGGAAUACACUUCUUGUCAGACCCAAUCGACGAACCACGACGGUUGUCUUUCGGUUUGAGUCAGAUACGGAAUGCUUGGCGUUCUCGGACAUGUUUGUCGAGCUCAACCCCCAAGUCAAGGUACACAGCAGUAAAAGUCAACACCAUGGGACCACCGGCGACGAUAGUACCACUUGCCAAGCUCAGGACGCGUUGUCUUUUUUGGCACGACUCCUUUACGAUGAUGACUUUUUGGAGUAUGUCGAUCAUCUCGAAUCAUGCAUGAAGUCUAGCGAGGACGGGGCCAAAAUUCUAGAAAGCCUCUGUCGAAGGGAUGGUUAG